CUUAUCUGUACAUUUGCAUUAUUCGCUGCCUUACUAAUCCCGAAUCUUUGUGUGGCAUUUCUUGUCUCUGUAGCUUUCGCUCUAUUAUCUGUCAUACUAAGAACGCAAUGGACAAAAUGUGAUGUUAUGGUACGGGUAGCUGAUAAUUAUUUCGGGGAAGAAAACAGGUACGAAGGAGAAUGCCCGGACUCUCCUUUCUACAUUUUGCGCAUAAAUACUCCGCUCAUAUUUUUGAAUUGCGAAGCUGUUCGAGAAGCUAUACGAGCACAAGCGGUGGCUGUGAAAAGGUAA